UCAAUAAUGCCAGGGUUGUCUUUGGUGCAGGUGUUGCAGUCAGAAAAGAUAACUUUGAAACUAUUAUAAGCGACUGUCUCACUUUUGUUAAUAAAUCAAUGCUCGUAAAAGAGUUUAUUGAGAGUUUGGAUUUUUAUAUCACAAAUAAGGAUUUAAGCACUGGAAUAUGGGAUAAAAUGAUAGAAAAAUUAAGAACACUUGUAGCUGAAAUUUAUGAUGAACACCACUACCUUAUUAGCAGUUUAUAUCCUAAGGAUCAAAAGAUAUUUCAAAGAAUUCUUAAAAGAGAUCCGACCUAUCCUGAAUUACAAUUGGAGUUUUUUUUGAAGGCACUUUCCAAGCAUCUACGAUGA